AUGGACCUGCAAGCCAAGCGCCAGUUUCCAUGGCUACAGCUCGCUCGAGCCCUUGCAUCAGCUGCUGUGAUUUGGCAGGCCGCCGUGAUUACAAUGGAGCCGGCAUGGGGACACGGCAUCUGCAUUGACCACCGGGACCUUCUCGCCAAUUACCAGCCUCGCGACAUCGAGAUUCCCCCCUGGUUCUUGGCCUCUACCCAUGCCGAGUCGUGA